CUGGCCUGACGUAAAAUUACCCACAAGGCUUUUCGACUCGCGUGGCGGCCUCUUUCACAUUUUUGUUGACCCAAAUUUCAUCAAAUUUAGGCAGAAUGUCGACCCUCCCACUGAACCCUAAGCCGUUCCUGAACGGACUGACAGGCAAACCUGUGAUGGUGAAACUGAAGUGGGGCAUGGAGUACAAGGGUUAUCUGGUGUCAGUCGAUGGAUACAUGAACCUACAGUUGGCCAACACAGAAGAGUACAUUGAUGGAGCUCUGGCAGGGAACCUGGGGGAGGUGCUCAUCAGAUGUAACAACGUCCUGUACAUCCGAGGGGUGGAAGAAGAGGAUGAAGAAGGGGAGAUGAAAGAGUGAUUAUGGCAGGAAGGGGUCUGAAGGGGGUUUUGCCAAUCAUGCAUUCCUUUGAAAAUAGUACCAGUACUGUAGAUCGGGACAAAGGGAAGCUUUACUACUAGUAUGAGCUGUAGGUAUGCUGAAAGGAUUUUAUAUUUCCACUUUUACUUUUCUUUAUAUACAGAAGAUAUGUUCAGGUAUGUACUGUACCAGGGUGGUACAUGUAGUUUGAUAAAGCUACUGUGAACAAUAUAGAUCUGUUGAAACAAGGAGGUUAUAAUAGGCAGACUUGGUAGAAAGAAACCAUGCUGGUAACUUCGAUUUGUAUAGUGUACCUAGUGGUGGUACCGGUAUAUGGUGUAUAACUUAAAUCGUCAUUGAUGAAGAUUGAAUAGCCCCUAUGUAUCUUCAAAGAGGUUCAAAGCCAAGAAGGGAUUGUGAUGUUGAAACCAAGAGUAAAGAUACUUCAGUUCUCCAGAAUAUCAUUUCAUUGUUAGGUUAUGAAACAUGAUGUGACAGUAAGUUUGGAAUAACAUUGUGACUGAUGAACGGUAUAUACCCACAGCUACAAGUAAAUUACUGGUACCUGCCAUGUUUUAAACUCAUUUGUAAAACACACAGAUUAACAACAUUGACAACUUUUAUUUUUUUGUGGCAAUAAAAGUUUUCAUACAACCACUUAA